AUGAAAAACAAGUCUAGACGAUCUAACGCUGUUAAUAGGAAGAAAAAGAUACGUGACAAGGAUGAUUGGAGCGCCGCAUUGGAUUCCAUGUUCAUCAACGACGAUCAUUGGCAUUGCAUAGCGGCGAUGAUGAUGGAGACGAUUGCCGAGCACAGCUGUUACAUCUCGCUCUUCCACGAGUCCGUCGAAGAAGCCGAGCAGACGCGUAUUUAUUCCCUCAGUUAUCAAAAAGCGGUAGAUACGAUAAAAACGUUGUCGAAACAAGAUCCGGAGAAAUGUUCCGCCAUCGAGGGUAUCUGUCAUUACGCGAGUAUGGUUCUGGACGAAAACAAUGGCCAUCUGUCUACCUGGCUCGUGGCACGGAUCAUCAAGUAUCUGAUUUAUCGCACGAAAAUCGAGCACAUCGGGAGACUUAAGGCGGAUCUGGGCCACGGAAUUGAAGAUCGAGCACCCCGAAAUAUCGACGGUGCAAUUUCCACGGGAAGCGGAAUCUCACAUCGAAAAGCUGACAGCGAGAGCGAGUACGCGCUCACUGGCAAAGCGAGCGCUCCUUUGCACGGGGAUGCUGUACCUUUAGACGAACCAAAUCUGUACGUUGUACUUAGUGGGUUUCGUGAUCCCGAUUUACCAGCAGAACUAUUGCACGUCGGAGUCCCUCUGAGUUGCAUAUUAGAAGUUAGAACUUCUGGCCCAGAACGAUACAUCAUGUAUUGCGACACGGGAGAGAAAGACUCGACACUUGAAGACGGAUCGCGCUUUCCUCAAGAUUACCAUAUCGAGGGUAAAAACGCGCUGUUGAAAUUUUGGACAGUCACGCACCAACGAUUCGCCAAUCUAUCAGCGUAUCCGGCAUAUUCUGAUAUAGCCGUUCUUACCUUCUAUCUACCGAGCUUGCCAGAAACGUCCAAUAUCACCGAGAAAGAGUCUCUGAAGCGGGAUAUGUAUGAUAAAGCACUCCUUAUCUUGCGUCAUUUGAACGAUCUUCGCCGACAACACGCGGAGUAUCUCGGAUGCAUGAAACUGGAGAAAAGGAUUGCUGAUAAAGACGAGAAAAUGGAUACUAAAAUUUAUGAGGACGCAUUAAAAGAUAUACCUAACGAAUACAUCAAUGCUCCGUUGAUACUGUCCGCGAUGUUGCUGCAAGUUGAGUCUAAUCUGGCAGGAUUUCCCAGUAAGUGCACUCCUGAUGAUACAAGAUUCAGCGAUACGCGCCACGUGAACUCGUCAACGAUUGCUGAGCGUAUUCCCGUGUCCAUCGUGCGAGACAAACUCAUACUGCUUGACCGCAAGUACGAGCUUUCUGAUGAAUAUAUUAGCAUUAGUCGCUCAUCACAGCCUGCUUAUCUUGAAGUUGUACCAUAUGCGGACGUUCUAGCCAUGAUCACUAGUCUUUCCGGAUCGAUUAAUCUGGACGAUGGAGUUCUGCGUGUCCUGCGAGAUCGAAGAAUAAUUAAUAUUUGGCGGAAUCACAAAAUACCGACGAAAUCCAAAAGCGAAGCAUAUAUGUGUCACAUAAAUAAUAUCGUUCGUCUGCUUAAUGGAAGACAUACGGUCGGUUACGAGGAAGCGGUUGCUUACUUGCACCUCCUGAUGUUUGAAAAAUGGAUCUUUCCUAAUAGCCGUGAGAUAAAAGCACAGUUGUUGACAGGCAAAUUGACAGAACUGAAAUGUACGGGAUCGACGAUACGGAGAACGCAGAGCGCGCCAGAUCUCGUGACAGAAUCGUCGUCCACGAUGUUCAGUCGUCUACGUCGUUUUAAGAGCGACACCGAGAUCGAUUACGACAAGCCGGUAGUCGCGUUCACAGACUGUCCGCUCUUAUUCGCGUUAACGGACACCAAGGAAACCCUGCUUCCGGGAUAUUUGUUCAAGAAUGUCUGGAGAACGAGAAGUUACGAGAGACCGAGUCUCGACGAAUACGAGGACGUCGAGUUACUCUCGGGUCGAGUUUUUCUUCAGGUCGUCCACGAGUGUUUCCAAAGUUUCGAUCGUUUUGCGGCUCGGUACUUUGAACCAACGGAUUCGAUGCUGCUUUACUUUAGCAACAACAUCGAGGUGGGCACCACAUCCGAGAGAAGACGUCUGUCAAGCAUACGCACACCCGUAGGACUUUGGGAAUUCUGCAAAUACAUCGUGGGAGAGGAAGAGAAUUGGAUUAAGCGGCGAGGGCGGGAGACGCGUCGAUCGCGCGCGACGGAUCUGACAGGAAGAUUUACGAAGAAAUCCAUCGAGAUGAAAGAGGAGACGAUUAUAUUCGAGGACGAGUGCUUCAUGCUUCCGGAUUCUCUGAAAGCGCGCUACUUAAAGGAGAGUCCGGAUCGUGACGCGCGAAAGAAAAUUUCGGAAACACGGGGAGAAGGAACGAUAACAGGGAUCGGGGGUAGAAAAGUGACAAGGCAGAAACGAAAUGAGGCGCCAAACAGCGAGAGCGAAUCGUCGGAUGGCGCGCUCACAAACGGAAAAACGUCGAUGACCGAGAAAAAAUCGGACCCAAAGAUAGAUGACGUCGAUACGUCCUUUUUACCGGCGAAACAAAUUCUAUCGUUCGGAUGUGCCGAGGAGGAGGAAUCGCGCGACGUCCUCGGAUACGAUCUCGAGCGUCUUCGUGUUCAAGUGAUUCAUCAUAGCAAAAAGUUUCCUUUGGCCGAUACAUCGGUGCGAGUUGAACUCGAGGACUGGCUUCAUGGGGACUUCAGUUUGCGCGUCGCUGUUACUUUACAGUGCUGCACUUUACGAUUGUCUAGCAGAGUUGGUCACCAUCAGUCGCCGGACACAUUUCACUUAACUACGAAAAGAGGAGCCGUGCUGAGUUUCUGUCGAAACGUGCAAGAGCUAGGUAAUCGAUACGCGUUCCAGAAACGCUAA